AUGACCAAAGAUUCGCCCACCCCUUUGGGUGGCGGCCGUGCGUCGCCCAAGAAAUCGGGUAGCCCCGGCCCAGCGGCAGCAGUGGUGGAGGAGCAGAGGCGGGAGCUGGAAAAGCUGCGGGGAGAACUGGAGGCGGAACGCGCACGCGGGCGGGCGGAACGGCGGCACUUCGCAGCCCAGGCGCGCCAGCUGCGGGAGUCCGCCGAGCAGGAGCGGCAGCAGCUGGCCGACCAUCUGCGCUCCAAGUGGGAGGCACAGCGCUUCCGGGACAUGCGGCAACUGCAGGAGGAGGUGCAGCGCGAGCGCGAGGCCGAGAUCCGGCAGCUGCUUCGCUGGAAGGAAGCCGAGCUGCGGCAGCUGCAACAGCUGCUGCACCGCGAGCGCGACGGGGUGGUGCGCCAGGCCCGAGAGCUGCAACGCCAGCUGGCCCAGGAGCUGGUGAGCCGCGGCUACUGCGGCCGCGCGGGGGCGCGGGAGAUCGCCGCCACGCAGUGCCGCUGUCGCCUGCAAGAAGUGCUGGCGCAACUGCGCUGGGAGAACGACAGCGAGCAAGCCGCACGCAUCCGCCACCUGCAGGCGGCGCUCAACCUGGAGCGCCAGCUCUUCCUCAAGUACAUUCUAGAGCACUUUCGCUGGCAGCCGGCCUUGCCGGGGUCCCUGGACUCCGAAGCCGUGCCACCCUCGGAAGAUCGACUCACAGGAGCCGGGAGCAGUGCUCGCUGUACCUCCAAGCCCCCGUGUCGAAUCGGAUCCCUCGACAGCUUGAGCGAUGGCGUCCGCGUUCGCUCCCGCUCUCUCGACCUAGGGCCUGCGGUGUGCUCCAGCUCCCCAGACGAUCAGCUCCCCACUCGCGCCACCUCCCUGGGUUCCUUAGCAACCGCGCGCUCCUGCUCGCUGGACAGCGCCCUGAGUUGCCCCAAGGCCCCUGAAUCUGAAGUGCGGGCCUCCUCGACAGACAGCUCCAUCCCAAGCUCUUCUAGUCCCUCGCUGCCGCCCCUGUCAUCACCAGCACAUAGGAAACCGAACGACCCGGGAGGAGGAGAAGGCUCCGGGAACCAGCCCUGUGAAGCUCUGACCCCUUCGCCCCUGGACUACAAAGAACUGGUGAAGCAGAACUCGAUGCUGACGGAGGCGUUGCAGGUACUGUCGCGUCGUUGUUCUGGUCUGCGCCAGGAGAACAUGCAACUCCGACGCGCAGGCUUCCCGGACCAGACCGAUGAGAGGGUGAAGCGGCUCAAGGUAAAGCACGCGGAGCUAACGGGCCUGGCACGGCGUCUGGAGGACCGUGCCCGCAAGCUUCAGGAGACCAACCUACGAACCUUGAGCGCGCCUGUUCCAGGUGAGAGCCGCGCCGAUCUGGAGUUGUGCCAGGCUUUUGCUCGCCAGCGCACCCGGGACCUGUCGGAACAGGCCAGCGCGCUGCUGGCCAAGGACAAACAGAUUGAAGAGCUGCAGAGGCAGUGCCACCUGCUUCAGGCGCGCGUGGCCACGGACCACGGCAGCGCCUCGCAUCCUGAAGGGGGCGCUCCUCGCGCGCCGUGGCUCAACAUCAGCGACUUAGACCGACUGCAGCGCGAGUCCCAGCGGGAAGUGUUACGCCUGCAGAAACAGUUGACGCUGCAGCAGCAGUGCAACGGCGGCGCCGGGGCUGAGGCAAGCGGCCAGAGCUCACCUUGUGAGGUGGCGCCAAACCAGGUGCAGGCUCUGGAGCGCGAGCUGGACGCACGGCGGCGCGAAUGCGAAGAGCUGAACGCGCUGGCGGCGGCCGCACGGCGGCGGGGCGAAGAUACAGAGGCGCAGCUACAGGCGGCGCUGCGCAAGGGCGCCUGGUUGGCAGAGGAGAACGCGCGGCUGCAAGCCCAGGCCGACUGGGUGCAGAAGAUGGCAGCGGAGAAUAGAGACGUGAGGGGGCAGCUGGGCCGUGUGGGCCAGGCGCGAGAUGCCUCGGACCUAUUGGCAGGGCAGCUGCUGCAACAGACAGAGCACGGGCAAGAUAGACAACAGCAGUUGCAGCACGACCUGCAGACGGCCCUGGAGGACCUCCAGGCUGCCCAAAAGGAGAGGCAGGCAUUGCAAAGUCAGCCUGGCCACCUUCCCCAGCAGCCACAGGAAACCUCCCAAGUCCUUGAGUCCCAAGCCCUGGGCAGUGAAAAGCCCAAAUUUAAGCCAGGGCCUGAAGACCGUGCACUAUCACUACCCAACAGAGACAAACAGAAACAGCCUUCUGUUUGCCUCGCGCUGCAGGAAAAACCACUUGCCUUUGGAGAACCAGCCACUGCUCCUCAAAUGUCAGACAAAGACUCUACUAGUGAACCUCUGGACUCCAGACCUCAAGCCAAGAAAACCAGUUCCCAAUCGAACUCCUCUUCAGAGAUGGAGUCUGUGUGGGCCACAGUACCAUCUUGUUUUACUCUGGACAGAGACACUGCUAGUGAAGUCGAUGAUCUGGAGUCAGACAGUGUGUCUGCUUCUCUGGAAGAAGGAGUCUCUGAGGCUCGGACCACCCCCAAGCUCAAGAUCUUCCUGGCUAGAUAUAGCUACAAUCCCUUUGAGGGACCCAACCAGCAUCCUGAGGGUGAACUGCCCCUCACAGCUGGGGAUUAUGUGUAUGUCUUUGGGGACAUGGAUGAGGAUGGCUUCUAUGAAGGAGAGCUUGAGGAUGGUCGUCGGGGGUUGGUGCCUUCCAAUUUGGUGGAACAGAUUCCAAACAGUCCCAACUUGGACUGCCCAUUACUCAAGGCCCCUGACCUUAGCACCUCUGCAUUACCAGCUAAGCAGAACAAAGCCUCGAAGAAAGAGAGCUUAUCAUUUGGAGAAGCCCAGGUAUCCAUAGAUAAAGGGUCAGACAUAGCAGUAGAGAUGUUGGAGAAGAAGACAGAAACUUGCUGGUUGGGCUCACCACAGAGUGUGGGAGAACAUGGUUCCUCUAUACCCUUUCUGGAAGCCAAAGGAGGGCUCUGUGUGGCCCCCAUGAAACUUCACCUGCAAAGUGUCACUGCUACAUCAGCUGAGAUCGCCUGGGUCUAUGGCAGCAGCAGGCACCCCCAUAUGGUAUACCUUGAUGACCAGGAGCAUGCUCUAAUCCCUUCAGGUGUGAGCUGCUAUACUUUCCAAGGCCUACAUCCAGGCACACGAUACCAGGUGCAGGUGGAAGUGCGGCUGCCUACAGACCUGCUGCAAGUGCUCUGGGAAACAAUGUCCUCCACGAUCACCUUUAACACACCCUUAGCAGGACCCCCUGACCCUCCACUGGAUGUACUGGUUGAACACCAUGCCUCACCAGGCUUCUUAGUGGUCAGCUGGCUCCCUGUGACCAUUGACUCAGCAGGGUCCUCCAAUGGAGUGCAGGUUACUGGCUAUGCUGUGUAUGCAGAUGGGUGCAAGGUUGCAGAGGUUACUGAUGCCACGGCUGGAAGCACCCUAUUGGAAUUUUCCCAGCUCCAGGUCCCUCUUACAUGCCAGAAGGUCUCAGUGAGAACCAUGUCACUUUAUGGUGAGUCCCUGGAUUCAGUGCCAGCUCAGAUCCCUGAGGACUGCUUCACCUAUCACUCAUUACUGGAGACCCCUCUCUUCAGCUACAUCUGUAGCGACCCAUCCACUUGCAGAGUCAACUUCCCUGUUUGUCACCAGCAGCUGACACAGGCUUCACUGAAUACCAAAACUAGUCCCUACACCUCUAAAAGCUGUGAGCAGCCUCAGGCUAAUUUUCUAGAAGUUUCCCCUGAAGUAUCCCCAAGGAAGCCAUCUCCAACGUCUAGUGUGAUAUCAAAAGGGGCUGGCAAGCAAGCUCAGGGACCUAUUGAGGCCAAGAAGGACUGUGGAAAGAGCCUGCCUUUUCAGAAGAGUCCUUAUAACCACAGACUACUUCUACCCACUGGCAAGUCUCAGUACCAGCACAUGAGCAACAGCAGAAGUUCUGCUUCAGGAUUCAGCCAUCUGUCUUUGGAGCAUGGGCCCAGGGAAGAGCCACGUCAGGAGAAAGCUCCCCUUGAGAAGGCACUCAAGCAAAAGCAUAAUGGCCACAUGUUCAUGCCUCCCCAGAAGGGUAUUAACCAGAAAUAUGCCACCAACUUCCAUACAGUUUUAGAAGAAAAGGAGGUAGAGUGCUGGGAUCCUUGGCACACAGGAAAACCAGACCAGAGAAAGACACUCAAGCCUCAGAGUGGGCAAGGACAGGCUCUGGGGGACGAGAGAGAAUUCUGUGAACCUGACUUGGUGCAAUGUCCAGCUCCAUCCACCCAAGUCAUUAAAAUGUCCAGAGUUAGUAGCUCACUGCCAGGAUCAGAGGCCAAUACUCCAGCUAGGGUCUUUGUGGCCCUUUUUGAUUAUAACCCCUUGGUGAUAUCUUCUAAUCCUAAGGCUGCAGAGGAGGAGCUGGCCUUCCAGAAAGGACAGUUGUUGAGAGUAAGGGGAUCCCAGGACCCCCAUGGCUUUUACCGUGGAGAGUACAACGGAAAAGUUGGCAACAUCCCAGGGCACCUUGUAAUGGAGGUAGAGGCAGGUUCAGAGCUGACUGAUGGGAAGUGGCAUUUGUCAACACAAGGGCACUUUGAGGACUUUGAGAGGCUCACCAGUCCCCAAGGAUCCUUCCUAAUGCCCCAAGGGAACUCUAGGUCACCUACCCUGUGGACCUCAAAGACAAUGGUGGCAGUCCUGGACUAUAAUCCCAGGGAUGAGAGAACAGGGGCACGGUCAAAGGGCAAGCUGACACUGAGGGCAGGGGAUAUGGUUACUGUCUAUGGGCCCGUGGAUGAUAAGGGAUUCUAUUAUGGUGAAUCUAGUGGCCACAGGGGCCUGGUCCCUGCCCAUCUACUAGAUGACUUGUCUGUUCAUGCAAAGUGA